UCUGCUUAUCACAUCCGGGUGAAAGCGCUGAGCAGCAGCGCGCUAGCUAAGCGAGCAGCAGCUAUGCCUCUGAUAGUGAUGUGUGGCUACCCCUGUAGUGGGAAAACACGGAGGGCGGAUGAGCUGAAGGCGCAUUUUGAAGAGACCACCGGCCGGCAGGUUCACACCGUAGGAGACGCAGCUCUGGGCCUGGAUAGGAACUCUGUUUACGCAGAUUCGCAAAAGGAGAAAGAUGCCAGAGCAUCUCUAAAAGCCGCAGUGGAGAGGAAGGUCAACAAGGACAACAUUGUAAUCUUGGACUCAUUAAACUACAUAAAAGGUUACCGCUAUGAACUGUUCUGUCUCACUAAGCACGCACAGACGCCGCACUGCCUGGUGUACUGUUUGACGUCAGGUGAGGACAGCUCGGCGUGGAACAGAGACCGGGAAGCUGCGGAGCAAUACAGUCAGGACAUUUUUGACGCCUUAGUUCAACGGUUUGAAGCGCCAGACUCCAGAAACAGAUGGGACAGCCCUCUCUUCACAGUCCUCAAAGACGACACCCUUCCUCUUGAAGCCAUUUCUGAUGCGCUCUUUAAAAGAAAAGCCCCCCCACCGAACCAGUCCACCCAGAGCCAACCCCUCUCCUCAACAAACUUCCUGUAUGAGUUGGACAAAAUGACACAGGAUGUUUUAAUGUUCCAGGAAGUCGCAUUUGCUGGCAGAUGGGAGGUAAAGGCCUCCUCAUCAAAGACCCCCAUAAACACUCCUGAACUGCAGACAGAGCAGCCAGCAGAGGAGCUGAUCUAAAAGCUCUGCGCUGCUCUGCCUUUUGUUGCUUCAGAAACACAAGUUUCCUGACUUUACGUCCUUAACCCCCGAAAUGAAACGUGGAGCUGACCAGGAGCGUCAACAUGGCAGAGCUGAGGAAACUUCGCCACCAGUUCAUCAGUUACAGCAAGAUGCACCCGACAGAGAACACGGGGCAGAUUGCCAACAUGUUUGUUCAGUAUUU